GGCGGAUCGCACCUCCAGUCGUUCAGGAUGAGUCUCAGCGAAAAGGUGGUGAUCGUGACGGGCGCAAGCAGCGGCAUUGGAGCCGCCAUUGCCCAGGUGUUGGCUCGCGAGGGGGCCCGUCUGGCGCUGGUGGGUCGCAACGUGGCCAAUCUGGAGGCCAGCCGCAGCGCACUGCAGCAGCAGGUGCAGGGCGUUCGGGCGGAGAUCAUAGCCGCUGACGUGACCAAGGAUGCGGCGCUCAUUGUCCAGCAGACGAUCGCCCAGUUCGGGCGCAUCGAUGUGCUGGUGAACAACGCCGGCAUCCUGGGCAAGGGCGGCCUCAUCGAUCUGGACAUCGAUGAGUUCGACUCGGUGCUAAACACAAAUCUGCGCGGCGUCGUUCUGCUCACAAAGGCGGUGCUGCCGCAUCUGCUGCUAACCAAGGGAGCCGUCGUCAAUGUGAGCAGCUGUGCCGGUCUGCGGCCCUUUGCCGGCGCCCUUAGCUACGGUGUGUCCAAGGCGGCCCUCGAUCAGUUCACCCGCAUCGUGGCCCUCGAGAUGGCGCCGCAGGGCGUGCGCGUCAACUCGGUGAAUCCCGGCUUUGUGGUGACCAACAUCCAUCAGCGCAUCGGCAUUGUCGAUGAGGAAUACAAUGGCAUGCUGCAGCGUGCCAUCGCCUCCCAUCCGAUGGGCCGCGUCGGGGACGUGUUCGAGGUGGCCGAGGCGGUGGCCUUUCUGGCCAGCUCAAAGGCCAGCUUCACCACCGGCGCCCUCUUCCCCAUUGACGGUGGCAAGCACAAUCUGACGCCUCGUUAAUCAUCCGGCUCCUCCGCCUAUAAUUACACUCCCCCACGUAUAUUUUUUCAUUUCCUUUUCACUUUCCCUUACUUUUUUGUUUUGUUUUUGUUCAAUAAAUAAAUAAUAAGCAAACC